AUGCCUAGAUACAAACAGUUUGAGGGUGAGAAGAAUGAUUAUAAAAAGAAGCAACAAAGAAUUCCCCAGAAGAUUGUGAGAUACUUUCCUUUGAUUCCAAGGCUUCAAAGAUUGUUCAUGUCAUCCAAAACUGCUUCAUUAAUGAGAUGGCAUGUAGAGGGCCGAAUUGAUGAUGGCAAAAUGAGACAUCCUGCUGACUCUCUUGUCUGGAAAAAUUUUGAUACUUUGUAUCCCAAGUUUGCGAGUGAGCCUCGCAAUGUCAGACUAGGUUUAGCAGCGGAUGGAUUUAAUCCAUUCAAGGCAAUGAAUGUUGCUCACAGCAGUUGGCCAGUUAUUGUAAUGCCUUAUAAUUUGCCACCGUGGUUGUGCAUGAAACAACCUCAUAUGAUGAUGAUAUUGCUCAUUGAUGGUCCUUCUUCACCUGGCAAUAACAUUGAUGUCUACUUGCGCUUGUUAGUGGAUGAACUGAUUGAAUUGUGGGAAAAUGGUGUUCAGACGUACGAUGCAGAAACUAAUCAAAUGUUCCAAUUGCACGCGGUCUUACUGUGGACAAUAAAUGAUUUUCCUGCAUAUGCAAAUUUGUCUGGAUGGAGCACGAAAGGUGUUUUAGCUUGUCCUUGUUGUAACAUACGUACUCGACAUCGGUAUUUGAAGAAUGGAAGGAAAAUUUGUUACAUGGGGCAUCGCCGCUGGUUGAAUGCGAGUCACAAAUUUCGAAAAGAUGCUGCGUCUUUUGAUGGAACUUCUGAAUUUGAACCAUGUCCAACUCGGUUAUCGGGGGCUAAUGUGUUACGACAGCUAGGGCCUAAGCAUCAACCAACUAACAGACAAAAAAAAACUAGGAAAGGAAAGAAAAAAAAGGACAACGAGGAGGAUCAUAAUUGGAGGAAGAGGAGUAUUUUCUUUGAGCUUCCACAUUGGGAGCAUAAUUUGAUUCGCCACAAUCUUGAUGUAAUGCACAUUGAGAAGAACAUGUGUGAUAAUGUAUUGUGGACGAUAUUAAAUGUUGAUGGGAAAGGAAAGGAUAAUUUAAAUGCUCGUCGAGACUUGCAAGAUAUGGGAAUUCGAAAGGCAUUACAUCCUAAAAAAGGGGUUGGGAACAGGCAGUUGCGCUCCAAAACUCUAGAGCCAGAUGGGUUAGAUCGUCUUCAAUCCCAAAUUGCUCUUACACUUUGUCAUCUUGAGAGAAUUUUUCCUCCAUCCUUUUUCGAUAUAAUGGAGCACUUGCCUAUUCACCUAGCAGAGGAGGCCAAGAUUGCUGGUCCAGUGCAAUAUCGCUGGAUGUACUCCAUAGAAAGUCAUCCAGAAGGUUCAAUUGCAGAGGGAUACUUAGUUGAAGAGUGUAUGACCUUUUGCUUAAGGUAUUUGGAUGAUGUCGAGUCAAAAUUGAAUCGACCAAUAAGGAAUUACGAUGUUAGCGACAAUCCUGGGAUAUUACUGGGUCAUGCUUUAGGAAAAGGAAAAGGGUUUGCGCUUGAUAACACAUCAUGGGUACAACCUCAUCGGUAUGUGUUAUUUAACACUGCUGCGGUUGUCCCAUAUCGAGAGGAGUAUCAUGAUUUUAUUAAGCGGUCACAUCGUCGUCUUAAAGAUUUUGAUGUGGAUCGCUGUCACAAUGAUGAGUUUCCCAGAUGGUUUAAUUCUCCUGUUGAAGAGCUUCUAGCUAUUAAAAAUGUUGUGUUGUCAGAUGAGAUUAAAACUUUGGCAUUGGGACCUAGUAAAAAGGCCACGAGAUUCAAUGGGUAUAUAAUUAAUGGUACUAGGUAUCAUACGAGGAGUCGUGAGUGGAGAAGAAAAACUCAAAAUAGUGGGGUUAUGGUGAAAGCAAAGACUUGUAGCUAUGCAAGUACCAGAGACAUGAAUCCUGUGGAAGGUGAAGUAGCAUACUAUGGAUAUGUGACAGAUAUUAUUGAAUUGUAUUACUCAUACGACCGUAGAUAUGUGCUAUUCAUGUGCGACUAG